AUGGUGGAUAAUGCUUUCCGCUGGGCUGGGGAAAAGAAGCUGCUCCGGGUCAACAGUGUGCACGGGGAGGAAGAAGCCUUUCUCGUGCUCUCAGAGACAUUCGAGCUGCUCGACGAGACCGGGCAGACGACAGAGCUCAAUGGCUCGAUUGAGGUUGAGGAUGAGUCGGGGUUCCUUCUCACCCCGGACAUGCCAUCUAUCACUGCUUCCGAUCAAGAGCUCCUUCAGAACAUGGGGGCCUCGGCUUCCAGCAGCGGCGGUGCAGCCGUGACGGUUGGCCAGUCCGCCUCUUUCAAGAUCAUCUUCCCUACCGUGUCUCAGAAUGAGUCGCCAGUGUCUAUCCUGGCCAACUUUGUGGAGGUGCUGGGCCGGAAGAUUGACAGCUGCGAAGACCAGAGACAUUGGAUUGCAGCAAUCCCCGUGCGAAGUCGUUUCUGGGUGGCAGUUCUAAUGAAGCACUACGAGAAGCUUGCGCAGAAGCAGGCCGAAGCCAUCCACACCGUGCCGGAUCAGUCGUUCAAUGACGACCUGUUGAAGACGUAUGCUGAUAUCACGAAGCAGGAUGUUCUGCUGGGCAAUUAUGUGCUACGUGCCAAGAGCCUCACCUGA